UCGCCUCCUUCGCGCCGUUCAACGGUCCGCGUUGGUCUCCGCGUCUCUUCAAUUGAAAAUGAAUGAGAAGUGGUGUCUCACCGCGCGGCACCGUGUGGAAUAGUGUACACUAGGGCAGUCUGUGUCGCUUCCUGGUUAUGCUGGUCACAUAGUGUAGUCAGUGGAGGCAGAAGAAUAUCAGUUCACUCUCGGAAGAAAAGGUGGGUCCAGUCAGUGUUCGAUGGCAGAGUGGAGGGAGUGGGCGGGUCCAAGAUGAGUGCUGACACGCUAUUGGAGGAGACCCUGAUCAAGCGGUCUCAGCAGAAGAGGUUGACGUCACCACUGAACUACAAGGAGAGAGUGUUCGUCCUCACCAAGACCAAGCUCUCAUACUAUGAAUUCAGAGUAGAGAAGAGGUUUAAGAAGGGGUCCAUCGACCUGCAGAAAGUCAGGUGUGUGGAGAUGGUGAAGAAUGACGGAGUCAUACCCUGUCAGAACAAAUAUCCCUUCCAGGUGGUGUAUGACACCAGCACUCUCUAUAUAUUUGCUCCCAGCUAUGAGAGUAGGAGGAUCUGGGUCCAAAACAUUAAGGAAGAGAUAAGGGACAACUCUGUGAUCGUUGCUAAGUUCCAUCCUCAGUUCUGGAUGGAGGGCGUGUGGCUGUGCUGUCGUCAGGCAGAGAAACUGGCCCCGGGCUGUGAGGAGUACAACCUGUUUGGAGACCUUUCGAGGAAACUUCUUCCUCCCAUACCUGGAGAGGAGGUCUCGUCGGCCUCCCCCCCCCCCCCCCCUCCCGUACACAGCCCUGACGAUGGUAGUGGUGUCGAGGAAGUUGUGAUAGCUCUGUAUGACUUCCAUGGUACUGAACCACAUGACCUGACUAUGACCAAAGGAGGAGAAUAUGUCAUACUGGAGAAAUGUGACAUCAACUGGUACAAGGCCCGCAACAUAUACGGGUCAGAGGGCUACAUCCCCAGCAACUACGUGACAGAUAAAAAAUUGGGGAACCUGGAACAGUAUGCCUGGUACAGUAAACAUGUCAACCGGAACAAAGCUGAAGAACUACUGCGGACAGAGGAUAAAGAGGGAGGGUUCAUGGUAAGAGACUCCAGUAAGCCAGGCGCCUACACAGUCUCCCUGUACACCAAGUCAGCAGGGGAGGGAGGUGCAGCUAUCCGGCAUUACCACAUCAAGGAGACCUCAGGCUGCCCCAGACAGUUCUACCUGGCUGAGAAACACCUGUUCACCUUGAUACCUGACCUCAUCGAGUACCACAAUCACAACGCUGCAGGUCUGGUAGCCAGGUUGAGGUAUCCAGUAGGGAAGGAGAGAUCUGCUCCAUCCACAGCAGGCUUCAGCUACGAGAAGUGGGAGAUCAACCCUUGUGAGCUGACCUUCAUGAAGGAGCUGGGUUGUGGUCAGUUUGGGGUGGUGCGGCUGGGGAAAUGGCGAGCUCAACACAAAGUAGCCAUCAAGGCUAUCAGAGAGGGGGCCAUGUACGAAGAGGACUUCAUAGAGGAAGCCAAGGUUAUGAUGCGUCUCACCCACCCUAAGCUGGUGCAGCUGUAUGGAGUGUGUACCCACCAGAAACCCAUCUACAUUGUGACUGAGUUCAUGGGACUGGGAUGUCUGCUGAAUUACGUCAGGCAGCAUCGGGACACCUUCAGCCUGGGGUCCUUACUGAGUAUCUGUCAGGACGUCUCAGAGGGGAUGGAACACCUGGAGGCACACGGCUUCAUACACAGAGACCUGGCAGCGAGGAACUGUCUGGUGAACGAUGCUCUGGUGGUGAAGGUAUCAGACUUUGGAAUGGCCAGGUAUGUACUAGAUGACCAGUACACUAGUUCAUCGGGGGCUAAGUUCCCAGUCAAAUGGUCUCCUCCUGAAGUCUUCAACUUCUGCAAGUACAGCAGCAAGUCGGACGUCUGGUCCUUCGGUGUGUUGAUGUGGGAGGUGUUUACAGAGGGGAAGAUGCCAUUUGAACACAACCCUAACCAUGAGGUAGUGAUGAUGGUGUUAGAAGGGCAUCGCCUCUACAGACCCAAGAAGGCCACGCCCAACAUCUAUGACAUCAUGCUGCGCUGCUGGCACGAGAGAGCAGAAGAGAGACCAUCGUUUUCUCAGAUCUCCAUCUUGAUCUCCGACGCUCUAGAAGUGGAUGGGUCCUCCUCUGCCUGAACCCACCAAUCAAAUCCUCUCCUCUGCCUGAACCCACCAAUCAAAUUGCAACCACCAGUCGGAUCUCCUCAGAUCCAGUGUUGGAGGACUGCUUCCACACCGCUCUCUGUACUGAUGGAUCUCUUGUGAUGGACAAUUAUGGUGGAGUUUGUUAGACAGGAAGUUUGCGUCCAAAUACCAUAUACUGUUUCACUACUUCUUUCCUAUCUGACAGGAAACUGGACAGUCUUCUCAAAAUGUACAUGUUUUACCCCCCCUUUUGCUCUCAGAACAGCUGAAUACUGAGUGUUCUAAACAUUAAGAACACCUUCCUAAUAUGGAGUUGCACCUCCCCCUUUUCUCCUCAGAACAGCCUCAAUUCGCUCAAUACUGAGUGUUCUAAACAUUAAGAACACCUUCCUAAUAUGGAGUUGCACCUCCCCCUUUUCUCCUCAGAACAGCCUCAAUUCGCUGAAUUCUGAGUGUUCUAAACAUUAACAACACCUUCCUAAUAUGGAGUUGCACCUCCCCCCUUUGCCCUCAGAACAGCCUCAAUUCGCUGAAUUCUGAGUGUUCUAAACAUUAACAACACCUUCCUAAUAUGGAGUUGCACCUCCUCCUUUUCUCCUCAGAACAGCCUCAAUUCGUCAGGGACUCUACAAGGUGUCGAAGCCGUUCCACAGGGAUGCUGGCCCAGGUUGAUUCCAAUGCUUCCACAGGGAUGCUGGCCCAGGUUGACUCCAAUGCUUCCACAGGGAUGCUGGCCCAGGUUGACUCCAAUGCUUCCACAGGGAUGCUGGCCCAGGUUGACUCCAAUGCUUCCACAGGGAUGCUGGCCCAGGUUGACUCCAAUGCUUCCCACGGUUGUGUCAAGUUGUCUGGAUGUCCUUUGGGUGGAGGACCAUUCUAGAUACAACACUGGAAACUGUUGAGCGUGAAAAACCCAGCAGCGUUGCAGUUCUUGACACAAACCGGUGGCACCUGGCACCUCCUACCCCGUUCAAAGGCACUUAAACAUUUUGCCUUACCGAUUUAACCUUUGAAUGGCACAUACACAAUCCAUGUCUCAAUUAUCUCAAGGCUUACAUUUUUAUAAAUCUUAAUCUCCUCCGCUCCAUCUAUACUGAUUGAAAUUGAAUGAACAAGUGUCAUCAUAGCUUUUCGCCUGGUCAGUCUGUGAUAGGGGUGGCAGGGUAGCCUAGUGGUUAGAGUGUUGGACUAGUAACCGGAAGGUUGUGAGUUCAAACCCCCGAGCUGACAAGGUACAAAUCUGUCGUUCUCCCCCUGAACGUUCUCCCCCUGUUCUUCGGCCAUCAUUGAAAAUAAGAAUUUGUUCUUAACUGACUUGCCUGGUUAAAUAAAGGUAAAAUAGGGAGAGAUCAUUCAGAUCCAUCCAUCUUCUCAUCUUUAACAUGUCCUCAAAUCCAGCUGACUUGUACUGUGGACAGGCUUUUUUAUAUUUAUAAGGUUUUUGAUAGUACUGCAGAAGUUUGAAUGUAAUUACAAUAAAAUUAAUGACAAUA